GAUGUCAGCAUUGAUACCCUUCAUGAAAAAAGCAACAGGACACACAUAGAUAGAUAGAACAAGACAAAAAUAGGUCAAUACAGUGUAAAAUGAUUUAUUCAGGCGUUUUAUUUUUGGAAGUUGUGGUAACACUUGCAGCUUCGCAGCCUAAAGUAGACGUGUACAGUAUAAGGCAAACCAAUGUUUGGCCACCUGGAUACAAUGUCAAACUGAUGGCUGAUGUUAAAACUCACGAUAACUCAACUGUAGUGAAAUGGAUAUUUCAAAGUCAGUUUUCAAACACAACUCGGUAUAUUGAUACAUCUGAAAAUCAUAAAAAGUACAGCGGAAGCACUCUCAGAUAUCCGUCUCUUUUGAUAUGGAACUUAACGUAUUCGGACUCAGGACAGUAUCGCUGCACUGCUAUACAUAUAGAUGGUACAACUGAGAGCCAGAAAGCUAUACAUGUAGUUGUUAAAGAUGUUCCAAUGGUAAAAAUUGAACAAACUGCAUACCAAGCCGCAUUUGGAAAAUCGGUCCAAAUGAAAUGUCAAAUUCGAUCUAUCCGUUGGCCUGUUUUGUCUGUGUUUUGGGAAAGACAUGUUAGCGGUGGUUCAUCAAUUCUCCAUAGCGGAUUGUCAGGCAUAUUGGGCGCAUCUAUUGAUCAUCCAUCCUUGACAAUAAACUAUGUAAGUGUUGCGGAUGCAGGGACGUACAAAUGCUGUGCUACAAACAAGAUUGGCAUCGGCAAGAGUAUUGAAGCAUAUCUGACAGUCAUAGGCGAUGUUCCUAUUGUAAGCCAAUCGUAUAGUACGUAUUUGGAAGUACUUUAUGGUACGACUGUUACAAUAAACAUUACUGUUGAAAGUGAACCAUCCUUGCUAGAAGUGUAUUGGACGUUCAAAACAAAUGACAAAGUGAUAAAAAUUAAACCAGGCACCGUUGGAAUGAACGGUGGUAACAUGAAUACCCCUUCACUGACAAUUUUGCAUCCAACAAAAUUCCAUAUUGGAAUCUAUAUCUGCUACGCUACGAAUCUUCUUGGGACAACGCAUAGUAAGAACAUACAUCUAAAUGUAAUUGGAGAUAUACCAAAUGCUGGUAUCAUUCAUGACGAAUAUUUAACUUAUUUUGGGAGCAAUAUUACUUUACACUGUCACGUAACGGGUACUCCUAAACCAACAGACGUCUACUGGGAAAGAAGUGUUAACAAUGGUUCAAAAAUUAUUAGAUCCGAUACAGCUGGAAUACAUGGCUCCACACUAGAAUCGCCGUCAUUGACAAUACUCUAUGUUACUACAUUGGAUACUGGAAUGUACAUGUGUCACGCUGUGAAUCUCGUUGGCAUUGGAAGAAGUCGUCAAAUAAAACUGCAAGUUGCAGGAGCAUUGCCAAACGUUAGCAUACGAAACGCUAUGUACAUAACAGUUUAUGGACAAAUGGUUACGUUGGAUUGUUCAAUCACAGCAGAUCCGCCUGCUACUAUGGUUUAUUGGAUUAAGAAUAAGAACGGUCUUAACUUCACAUUAUCUGUUGGGUCUAUAGGAGUACUUGGAUCUACUGUCGAAACGCCGUCAUUAACAAUUAACAAUCCAGCAAAAAGCGAUGCUGGUGUAUACUGGUGCAUUGCUAUUAAUGCUAUUGGACACGGAUCAAGUUUAUCCUUAUCUUUGAUAGUAAUUGGUGAUAUCCCACAAGUCUUAAUUGCAACAGAUUUGUAUUUUGCAAAUUAUGGAUAUGAACACACAAUGGAAUGUUUUGUGAAUGCCACCCCUGAACAUACAUACGUCAUUUGGAAACAUGAAGUGUCAGGAGUUGUACGGACAAUAAAUGAAGCAACAACUGGUGUCCAAGGUGCUUCGGUAGAUGUACCAUCGUUGACGAUCACUACAGUUACAACAUCUGAUAUUGGUUUCUACACAUGUAUGGCAAAGAACUACGUUGGUAUUGGAAGCAGUCAACCGAUAGAGCUUUUGGUUAAUGGAGGAAUCCCAGAAGUCUUCAUUGGUUUACCUAAAUACACAAUCAAGCGAGGAGAGGGAGUAACACUACUUUGUACAGUCAAAGCCAACCCUAAGCAUGUUUUAGUCUAUUGGAAAAAAAUAUUUGAAGACAGUAGUGUUAUCUUGAAACAAGGAGCUACGGGUAUUGAUGGCAUAACUAUAGUCACACCUUCCUUAACUUUGAGAACAACUGACAUAUCAGAUUCAGGAGAGUAUACAUGUUAUGCUACUAACGAGAUAGGAACAGGAAGGAGCAGAUCAAUUAUACUUACGGUUUAUAAAGAAGACAACACAGAUCUGAAGAAUGAGGUUCCUGGUUCUGAUUCUAAAGAUAAUGAGACAUGGAACAUAGUUUCUAAAGUUUUUGGAGUCAUCGCUGCUGUUGCUGUAGUAGUUGGUACAAUUGUUGCUAUCGUAGCACUGAUAAGAAAAUGUAGACAACACAAUAGUCGUAGCCGCUUAGCUCACCAAUAUCUACGGGAUGUAGCAAGGAAUGGUGAAUCAGACAUUGAGACAUCACGAGGUGUGUCUUGUGAUGAAAAUGAAGAAACAGACUCUACACAAAUACACAACAUAACUGAUUGUGUAACUGACGAUUCGUGUAUUUAAAUUUUGAAACCAAUUGUCUUCAUCGACAGGUAAAUUAAUACAGCAUGCAGUGUGUAGACUUAUUCAUUUCACAAACAUAAAUGUAAUUAUUAAUAUUUCCAUACAUCUUCAUUCGUGUAUGUAUUGAGGAAAGCUGAUAUCUAUUUGUUGACACCCAAACAUAGGAUGCAAUUACUAUUGUAAGACUUAUGUUAAGAGCUUCUUCCAGGAACACAAAAACAAACAACACGACAAAUAAGGCGUCGAAACUCAGUUGGUGAUCUUCGGGAUUUAGACAAAAAAGUACCUGCACCCAGGAAAAGUAUUGCAGAUAAAGUUUUAGAGGCCCUGUCUAGUCCUGAUGUGAUUAAUAAAAUUGUACCCAUUCUUGCUGAAAAAAUAUGUGAAUCUUUUUCCUCAAUGAUUGAAGAGGAGGUUAAAAAAUGUGUUGAUCAGCAAGUAAAACCGAUAGCUGAAUUAGUCGAACAUCAUGGCAAAAGGCUUGACACUGACAAUAUAAGGAUUAGUAGACUGUAUUCUAAUGUCAAAAAAGUUAACGAGGAUGUAAAAAGUAACACCAUCAUAGUUAAUGAACUUGGUACAGAAGUUGGUUCUCUCUUCAAAAGAAUUGUAGAACUGGAAACCAGAUAAGAAAACCAAGAACAAUAUUCACGCCGAACAAGUUUGCGUUUUCAUAACAUCCGCGUGCCUAUCGACCAAAACGGUAAAAUCCCUCACCCUAUUAACACUGAUGUUUUGAUACUACAUGUCUGCAAUUCAAAACUAGGCCUGGAUCUAACUAUUAACGAUAUUGGGCGUAGUCAUGUUAUACAAUGUUAUAGGAAAUGUAAAAAACGGUAAAUCGCAGGUUAUUGUAAGAUUCUUGUCAUAUCACACAAGACGCAGGGUUUAUACAAACAAAAAAGCCUUAAAGGGUGAUGCAGAUGGCAUAUUCAUAACUGAGAACUUAACACAAUAUAAAACUUGUCUUACACAAAAGCUAGCCGACCGCAAGUACAAUCAUAACAUUUUCGCAUACUGGACAUCCGAUGGUCGCAUAUUUGCCAAAACAACAGAGAAAAGCACCAAAAAACCGUAUCACAACCUAUGACGACAUAACAGCUCUUGAUACAACCACAGACGGUGACAAUCAACAAAAAUGUCCACAUUCAUCCCAAGGUACCACCAUCAAGAACAGUGAUGAGAACCAAAAUAAUGGCGCAUAAUAAUAGAUAAAAAAAACCCCAAAAAUAUUAAGAUGGUGUAAAUAUGUGUCUAUGACAGUUGUUACUUGUUUCUCUAAAUAUCUCUUAUGUACAUUAAAAUUGCUUCAUGUGUUAUUAAUAUUGCUAGCAAAUAAAUCUGGUAUAAUUUAAUUGUAUCAAAAAGUUUAAAACAGUUAAAACAUCUGAAUAAAUUCAUAAACUCAUGUUACAAGUAUACAAUAUACUGCUUUCAAAUAUUACAAUUGAGUUUAUCAUAGUUGUAAGAAAUCAAUUUCAAGUCAUGCUAUCAGAUGUUAUAUGUAUAUUUCAUACAUGUGCAGCUACGGAACACCCCUGCUUAUAUAUUUAAAAGCUUUGACCAAAAAUCCAAAAUCAAAAGCUACAUAAAAAAAGAUUGUUAUAGAUAAUAACAAAGUAGUGAACAGUUGUGUAUAAAAAAAAAUCCCGCAAUUUAAAUUUUGUUGUGAAAUAAUUUUCCCAUUCUAUGACUCGAAAAUGCUUUCCAACAGUUUAUUAUUUUUUACAAUGUACUUUUAUUUUCUUUGUGUAUAUAUCUUUAAUCCAUGUAUGACUUUGGAUGUUGAUGUGUGUGAUCUACUAUUUUUUUGUAACCUGAAUGGCAACCUGUCUUAUAGAUUGUUUUUGUUUGGUGUACUUUUGCCUAAUGGGUAAUUGUAUUGAACAAUACAGGGUAGCCAUAUGGUUAUUCAAUUCAUGUAAAUUUCAUUUUUCCGGAUCAGAUAAUUUUUGUUACAAAGGAGAACCUUUUUUGGAAAUUCUACUUACCAAUUGUCGUAGUUCAUUUCUCGUCGUCUCCUUGUCGCUUCUUCAGAGCCUUGAUCCAAAUAUAAAUGUUUUAUUCCUUCUAUUUGUGUUACACUUCAUCCUUAUAAUUGGAAGUGUUGAACAAAAUCCCGGUCCAAAUGAACAUGAAAACGUUUUUUCUCGUGAAACUGAUAACUCCAUAUCAAUAUGCAAUAUUAACAUUCGUAGUUUACGAAAUAAGAUUGAGUUCAUUCAAAAUUUUGCAGAAGAGUUUGAUAUUGUAACAGUCACUGAAACACACUUAGAUCCAAAUAUAAAUAACGAAGAAUUAAUGAUAGAUUCAUUUUCACAAAAUAUAUUCCGUAAAGAUCGUAAUAAUGCCGGAUGAGGCUUACUCAUUUAUACAAAAGAUGAUAUAUCAGUCACCAGAAAAGGUGUACUCGAAAACCACAUUGACGAAACUAUCUGGGUGGAGAUCAGAGGUAAAGGUCAAACUUUUUUAUUAUGUUGUACUUAUCGACCGGAAUGGUCAGGUGUUGAAUAUUGGACACGACUAAAUCAUGCUAUUGAACUUGGUUAUCAGUUUACAGAAAACAUUGUGAUUUCUGGAGACUUGAAUUCCGAUUUAUUUUCUUAUAAUAAUAAUAAGUUAUAUGAUACGAUUCAUCAAUUUAAUUUAAAAAACGUAAUUAAUAAACGUACAAGGGUAACUGAUCACAGUAGUACUUUGCUUGAUCCGAUCAUAUUAAGUGAUGCUAUACAAUUUUUUUUCUGAUGUAGUGAAUGUACCUGCUGAUAUCAGUGAUCACGAUGCCUCUGUUAUUUUUUUACAAUGUCCAAAGUCCGUAACAAAGUCGUUUAAACGGGAAAUAUGGUUGUAUGAAAAAACAGAUGUUGAUAAGUUUUCAAAUAUGUUGAAUGCAGUUCAAUGGAAUGAGCUCUUUUCCAAUGUUGAGGAAGUAGACGAAAUGGUCACUAUAUUCACUGAAAAAAUCCUCAACAUUGCAAGAGAGAGCAUUCCAACCAAAAUAGUAACUAUACGUGGCAAUGACAAACACUGGUUUAACAGUAAUAUCAGAAAAGCAAUUCGAAUAAGGGAUAGAUUACGAAAAAAAAUCAAUUAAAUCUAAAAAAGAAACGGAUAUUAAUAAAUAUAAGAAACAAAGGAAUAAAGUGAAUAAUAUGAAGAAAGAAGCGAAAGAAAAUUUUGAGAAAAACUUAGAAAAUAUUAUACUAGGUAACGCUUCCGAUUCUAAGACUGGUUGGAAAAUUAUGAAGAUGCUGAUUAAGCCAAAUAGAGGUUCUAAUAACAUACCCCCAUUAAAAAAUAUUCUUAAUGAUGAACGUUUCGAGGAGUUCGGCGAUGGAGACGACGAAAAAUGCGACAUUCUUAAUAAGUAUUUUUGUUUUAUUUCAUCGCUAGCAGAAGUUGAUGCUCAAUACCCGAUUUCGACAAAAAAACUAACAAUUUAUUGAAUGAUAUAAUGAUUAGUACUAGUGAAAUUGUUGACAUUAUAAAAACUAUAAAUCCUAAAAAAGCAUCAGGACCGGAUGUCAUUAGUCAUAAGAUGCUUUAAAUUUGUCCCGAAAAAAUUGCAGUUCCAUUAUGUAUAAUAUUUAAUAAAUCCUUGCAGUAGUGCAAGUAUCCAUCCAGCUGGAAAAUUGCAAAUGUUAUAGCCUUAUUUAAAAAGGGGGAUAGUUCAUUACCUUCCAAUUAUAGACCUAUAUCACUCAUAAGUUGCAUAGGCAAAGUCAUGGAACGUGUUAUAUAUAAAUAUGUUUACAACCACUUACAAAGAAAUAAGUUAAUUUAUGAGUAUCAAUCGGGUUUUCUUCCUAAAUGUUCAACGGUUCACCAACUGUUAGAAAUAUAUAAUUGCAUAUUGAACUCACUUGAAAAGAAAGAGAUAAAUUGUUUUGUUUUUUGCGAUUUCUCCAAAGCCUUUGAUAAAGUUUGGCAUGAUGGUUUAUUAC